AAAACUAUAUAAAGGUAGGAAGAGGGUAAGGGCGCACAGUUGGCCUGCAGCUGUUGGCCUGCACCAGGACUCGGGAACGCCACAGGACGAAGAUGCGUGUGUCACUGCUGGCCGUGGUGCUGCUGGCGGGAGCCUGCUGUGGUUACGGGCCGCCGAGAAGGACCUCGACUGGUGGAUCUUCAGGGUUCGGCGCCGGAGCUCCGUCGGGAAGCAAAGGGUCGGCGGCCGCGUUUGCCUCCGGGGGCGCAGGCAGCCAUGGCUCUUCCAGCGCUUUUGCAUCCAGCAGCGUAGGAGCCCAUGGAUCAACCAAUGCAUUUGCUGCUGGGGGUGCUGGAGGACCUGGCUCCGCUGCUGGCUUAGGCUCAACUGGCUCCUUUGGAGCUGGUGGCUCAUCCAGUGGCUUCGCUGGCUCUGGAACCUCUGGCUUCGGGACUGGUACCGCCGGCACUAGCUUUGGGGCUGGUACCACUGGCACUGCUGGUACAGGAUUUGCCCAUGGAGCUGGCUCUACAGGUGCUGGCUUCAGUUCUGGUUCUACCCAUGGAGUUGGUUCCACAGGCACUGGCUUUGGGGCUGGCACUGCCGGCACUGGGUUCGGUUCUGGUACCUCUGGAUCUACCCAUGGAGCUGGCUCCACAGGUGCUGGCUUCAGUUCCGGCACUUCCGGCACUGGCUUUGGUGCUGGCACUUCUGGAUCUACCCAUGGAGCUGGUUCUACGGGUGCUGGCUUCAGUUCUGGCACUUCCGGCACUGGCUUUGGGGCUGGCACCUCUGGGUCUACCCAUGGAGCUGGCUCCACAGGUGCUGGCUUCAGUUCUGGCACUGCCGGCACUGGCUUUGGGGCUGGCACCUCUGGAUCUACCCAUGGAGCUAGCUCCACAGGUGCUGGCUUCAGUUCUGGCACUUCCGGCACUGGCUUCGGUGCUGGCACCUCUGGAUCUACCCAUGGGGCUGGCUCCACAGGUGCUGGCUUCAGUUCUGGCACUUCCGGCACUGGCUUCGGUGCUGGCACCUCUGGAUCUACCCAUGGAGCUGGCUCCACAGGUGCUGGCUUCAGUUCUGGCACUGCCGGCACUGGCUUUGGGGCUGGCACGUCAGGCACAGGCUUUGGUUCUGGUUCAAGCCAUGGGGCUAGCGCAAUCGGCCCUGGCGCUGGAACCUCAGGCUCUGGUUACAGUUCGGGAUCUGGAUCUGGUGCAUCUGGGGCUUCAGGAACCUUUGGCUCAGGUAGUUCAUCUUCUGGUGGAUUUGGGGCUUCAGGCACUUUUGGAGCAGGGGCCUCUGGUAGCCAAGGGGCAACAGGAUCAGGCUUUGGUUCUGGUUCAGGCAUCGGAACAGGAUUUGGAGCAGGUACCUCAGGCUCCACAUUUGGCUCAGGCACGUCACAUGGUGCAGCUGGAUCAGGAUCUGGAUCUACAUUCGGAGCUGGUACCUCUCAUGGCGUAAGCGGCUCGGGAUCAGGUUUUGGAGCUGGUUCUUCUGGAUCCACGUUUGGCUCAGGUUCACAUGGUGGUGCUGGUUCAGGAUCUGGAACUGCAUUCGGAGCAGGUGCCUCUAAGUUUGGUUCAGGUUCACGUGGUGCUGCUGGUUCUGGAUCUGGAUCCACAUUUGGUUCAGGCUCACAUGGUGCUGCUGGUUCAGGAUCUGGAUCUGCGUUUGGAGCUGGUGCCUCUGGAUCCAAGUUUGGUUCAGGCUCACACGGAGCUGCUGGCUCUGGAGCUGGAUCCACGUUUGGUUCAGGCUCACACGGUGCUGCUGGUUCAGGAUCUGGAUCUGCAUUCGGAGCUGGUGCCUCUAAGUUUGGUUCAGGCUCACAUGGUGCUGCUGGUUCAGGAUCUGGAUCUGCAUUCGGAGCUGGUUCUUCUGGAUCCACGUUUGGCUCAGGCUCACACGGGGCUGCUGGUUCAGGAUCUGGAUCUGCGUUCGGAGCUGGUGCCUCUGGAUCUAAAUUUGGUUCAGGCUCACAUGGUGCUGCAAGCUCCUCUGGCCACAGACAAUCGGGAACAAGUGGCAUAAGUGGCCACGGAGUGACUGGUUUUGCUGGUUCCGGUGCAACCAUACAGUUCAUUGGUGGCGAAGUGGACGACAGCAAUGAAGUAACCGUCCUCAGAGGACCCUCACUCAUCGUGGGAGGUCGCCCUGUAGGUGGUGGUGGCCACGUAACCGCAGGUGGUCAGCUGAUUGGAGGAGGCCACCUAAGUGCAGGGGGCCACGCAGGAGGAGUUCGUCAUGGAACUGGAGGAGCAGGACAUAGAGGAGCUGUUGGUGUAGCAGCAGGACAUGGAGGAGCAGCCACCAGCAACAGCUUCACAGGCGCUUCCACAGCAGGAGCAGGUCCCGUGCACGCCGGCUUCUGCCCCACCAUCGGCCAGUGCUCAGGGUCCCCCUCCUACGGCAAGUCCUGCCAGAACGACGGGUCCUGCGGCCCUACAGAAAAGUGCUGCUUCGACACCUGCAACAACAGCAACGUGUGGGUCUGCAAGCCAGCAGCAAAUAAGAAAUGGUAGACCGCUCUGUGAAGCACCUUGUCGACGCGUUUUCCCCUGUCCCGCUUAUUUCCGACUGCUGGAUGGUCUAAAUAUCAGUAAAGAACAAGGAAUAUGAUUCUAAAAAACUAUCCCUUUUGUAGAAUUCCCUUAUCGAGGUUUUGCCAUCUUGGUUUGAUGACAUAUAUUGCAAGAUAAAUAAGGAAAGGAUAUAGACAAGAACACAAACUACAUCAACAUGGAGUCAAAUAGGUUGUUAAAGGGUUGUAACCACCAAAACACCAUUCAAUAACAUGGAAUAGUUAACAAGAAAAACAUCGCGAGCAGUCAGGAAAAGGGAUCACCACGUGAACAUGCUCUUGGCUGUGAAGUUUGUGCCCACACCGCCAACGCCAGGCAAGACCUGCGCCGAAUAAAAAUCAUUUAUAAUA